AUGCCCGCACCAGCACCCGCACCUUCACCCGACCCGGACGACAACAACCCUGCCACCUCCACCUCCCCGUCCGCCGUCGUCGCGCUCCACAGACUCCUCCCUCGGCAGCAGCAGCAGCAAAGCACCACCACCAUCCCGGCGCACUACGGCUCCCUUUACUCGGGCCCGGACCCGGGCACGGUAGCGGGCAUCACGCUGGGGUCCGUGGCGGGCUUCAUCCUCCUGCUUUGGCUGCUCUACACGUGCAUCAACCUCGGCAACCCCAGCAGCGGCGCCACCAACGAGACAUCGACCGUCGUCACCGAAGGCACGGCCUCGGUCUACACGCGCCGGAGCCGCCGCGACCGCCGCGCCAGUAGGCGUGGGCGCGAGGAGAUGGUGGAGAUACGGCGUUCGCGAGGAGGAGGCGGCGGGAGGAUCAUUGUCGAGGAGUCUGUUCUUUCUUCUGCCGGGCCGCCGCCGCCGUCGUCGUCGGAGUUGGAUGCGCGGGUGAUUGUUGAGGAGCGGAGAAGGAGCGUCAGUCGGCCGAGGAUGAGCAGGCCGCCGCCGCCGCCGAGAGAUGACGACGAUGAGGUGGUGGUGAUUGAGGAGCAUAGCCCGCCGAGGAGGCACAGGAGUCGGGUGAGGAGCGUCGAGAGAAGGUCGAGCGGGUAUAGGGAAGUAGACCCGGAUCGGUUUGCGGGAGGGGACGCGACGUUUAUCGAGGUUAGGCGGUCGGGGAGUCACCGGCGGUGA